GAAAUAGCAUUUUGGCGUAUUAUGGAUGGAAACCUCCAUAAAUAGGGGUGAGCCUUCAAGCUAUUGCAUAUCCAAACUAGCUCGUGUUUGAUGGCUUCAAUGGAGUUUCAUCUACUUUCCUUCUUUGCUUUACUUUUUGUUUUGGUGGUGGUAAGAGGUGAUGCUUCUGUACCUGCUGAGGUACACUGGCAUUCCAAGUUACCAAACACUCCAAUUCCACAAGAUCUUUUAAACCUUCUACAGCAUAUGGGAGACAAGUACACGUAUUGGGAUAUGGGGUUUAAUGCCGAUGAAACUCUUGUUCCCUUGGAUGAUCGUAGGAUAAAAUAUGGAAAGCGCUAUGAGCAAGCUUUUGCAGAAGAUACUAGUGAUAGGAGAGAGAAAUACGGAAAGCGCUACGAGCAAGCUUUUGCAGAAGAUACCAAUGAUAGGAGGGAGAAGUAUGGAAAGCGCUAUGAACAAGCUUUUACGGAAGAUACUACUACUGAUAGAAGAGAGAAGUAUGGAAAGCGCUACGAGCAAGCUUUUGCAGAAGAUACCAGUGAUAGGAGGGAGAAGUAUGGAAAGCGCUAUGAACAAGCUUUUACUGAAGAUACUACUACUACUGAUAGAAGAGAGAAGUAUGGAAAGCGCUACGAGCAAGCUUUUGCAGAAGAUACUACUGAUAGGAGGGAGAAGUAUGGAAAACGAUAUGAGAGGAAAUUCAACAAACAUGCCCUCCCCAACUCGACUGUAUUUUUCUUGCCUGAUGAUCUCCAUGUAGGCAAGAGGAUGAGGCUCCAUAUAACUAAAUCAUCAAACAAGGCUAGAAUUUUGCCUCGACAGGUUGCUGACACCCUGUCCUUUUCAACUAAUAGGUUAGCAGAAAUUUUAAAGCGCUUCUCGGUGAAACCUGAAUCACGUCAAGGCAAGAUGAUAAAGCAAACCGUGGAGGACUGUGAGUCUCCAGCAAUUAAAGGAGAAGACAGAUAUUGCCCCAGAUCUUUAGAAUCCUUAGUUGAUUUUGGUGUGAAACAUGUUGGAAACAAAGCUCAAGUCCUUAUGAACGAGGUAGAUAAGCCUACAAGGGAGCAAGAGUAUACUAUUAUGGGAGUGAAAUUUAUAGGAGAAAAUCACGUGGUGUGCCACAAGCAAAAAUACCCAUAUGCUGUGUAUUAUUGCCAUGCACUCAAAGGCACUAAGGUUUAUAUGGCUCCAGUGAUAGGCGCUGAUGGCACAAAAGCUAAAGCAGUAGCCAUUUGCCACACAGAUACCUCAAAUUGGAAUCCAGGGCACCUGGCCUUCUUGCUUCUGAAUAUGAAGCCUGGUGAAGGAACUGUUUGCCACUUCAUUAGAAGUGAUACUUUUGUCAUGGUUUCCAGUUCUGAUGUUGUGGAAAAAGCUCCAGCACCAAUCUCCUCAUGAGCAACUCUCAUAAGUUUAUGUGUGCUUGAAGUUACUCUAUGUUAUGUUGAAUAAAUGUUGGGCUCUAGUCAACUUAUUUUCUUCUUCCAA